AUGAAGACCAACAGCAGGGACACUCGUGAUGAGAUCAAGACCAACAGGGACACUCAUGAUGAGGUGAAGACCAACAGCAGGGACACUCGUGAUGAGAUCAAGACCAACAGGGACACUCAUGAUGAGGUGAAGACCAACAGCAGGGACACUCUUGAUGAGAUCAAGACCAACAGCAGGGACACUCUUGAUGAGAUGAAGACCAACAGCAGGGACACUCGUGAUGAGAUCAAGACCAACAGGGACACUCCUGAUGAGAUCAAGACCAACAGCAGGGACACUCUUGAUGAGAUCAAGACCAACAGCAGGGACACUCUUGAUGAGAUCAAGACCAACAGCAGGGACACUCGUGAUGAGAUCAAGACCAACAGGGACACUCAUGAUGAGGUGAAGACCAACAGCAGGGACACUCGUGAUGAGAUCAAGACCAACAGGGACACUCAUGAUGAGGUGAAGACCAACAGCAGGGACACUCGUGAUGAGAUCAAGACCAACAGCAGGGACACUCGUGAUGAGAUGAAGACCAACAGCAGGGACACUCGUGAUGAGAUCAAGACCAACAGGGACACUCGUGAUGAGAUCAAGACCAACAGGGACACUCUUGAUGAGGUGAAGACCAACAGCAGGGACACUCUUGAUGAGAUCAAGACCAACAGCAGGGACACUCUUGAUGAGAUGAAGACCAACAGCAGGGACACUCGUGAUGAGAUCAAGACCAACAGGGACACUCCUGAUGAGAUCAAGACCAACAGCAGGGGCACUUUUGAUGAGAUCAAGACCAACAACAGGGACACUCUUGAUGAGAUCAAGACCAACAAUCGCAGAUUCAAAAGAUACGCCCGCAAAACACACACCGUGUCGUGUAGGGCAAAGCCAACGAGCAUCAUAUACAUGAGCAAACAGCUCGGCAAGGUGAAAUCCGAGCUCAUUGAAAGGUGUUCUUGGCAACAGAUAUUCCGUUAA